UGUGUGUGUUUCCUGGCUGCAGGGUUUUUAUCUUCAGCAGAAGAAGAAGAUUCCGUUUGUGACUCAUCACUGGAUUAUUGUUGCUGCUGCUUCUUCACACUCUUUCUGCUUCAGCUUCAGCUUCAUCAUCAUCAUCGUCAUCAGUGAAGAUGGAGGAGUCAAGCUCUCAGAAGUUAUUAUGGGAUGGCGACGCUAAGGCGGUGCAGCAGUGUCUCACAGACAUCUUCACCAGUGUCUUCACCACCUGUGACGUCCCUGAAAACGCCAUCUUUGGUCCAUGUGUCCUCAGUCACACGUCUCUGUACGACAGCAUCGCCUUCAUCGCCCUGAAGGCCACGGACAAACGCACGGCGCCAUACGUCUUCAGAGUGGACACGUCGGCGACAAACAGCACGUCCGAGGGUCUGAUGUGGCUGCGGCUCGUCCAGUCGGCCCGCGACAGAGAGGAGCAGAACCUGGAGGCGUACGUGAAGAACGGACAACUCUUCUACCGCUCGCUGCGGCGCAUCGAGAAGGACGAGGAGCUGCUGGUGUGGUACGGCAAAGACCUGGUGGACCUGCUGCUGCUCAGCCCCAGCAGAGCUCCAGCCAAGACCAAAGGUUCCUCUCACCACUCGUGUCCCGACUGCAGCCAAAAGUUCCAGUUCGAGUUCCCGUUCCUGGCCCAUCUGCGGUUCCGUUGCACCAAGAGACUGCAGAACAUCACAGGUGGCGACGAAGAGUCGAGCAAAGAGGGCGGCGGCGAGCGAGCGAACACCACCCCAACCAGGAACACUGUGAAGAUGAGCCGAUCCGAGGGCUUCAGUGCCAACCAGGACACCAACAAACCCUCCACAGACUUUCACAACCUGGCCCGGGACCUGGAGAACAACCGGACCAGCCCGCCCAGCGACAAGGAGGCGGAGAUCUGCAGCGAGAGUUCAAGGAAGAGGAAGUUGGUGGAGGCGGAGGAGAGCCGAGGAUCCGGCCUCACUCAGACCAAGUCUAAAGACGAGCUGGCGACGUCAGCUCAGAACUACAGAGGCGUUUACGGUCUGGACGACAACCGCAGGUCCUUCUCUCCACCGCGCUCCACCGAGCCCGGGGAGGGAAAAUGCAGCGCCUUCACCGAGGUCAAGAAGAACGGAAAACAUCACAGCAAAAACCUCCAGAGCGCCAACUCUGAAAACAAAGACGGCGGUCGACCCAGCAGCAACCCGGCAGAGAAGCACCUGAACACGCGACAGGUUCUGUCCGAGACGCAGCCGGCACAGACCUCGCCCAUGGGCAGCGCCUUCACCUCAGUCAGCCAGCAGGGCGGUGGCAGCGGCGCAGAGAGGAAGAGCGCCUUCAGUCAACCGUCUCGCACGUCCUUCUCCCAGAUCUCACAGCUGGUGAUGCCGCCCAAGCUGCUGGACUGUCACCCGGCGGUGGGCGACACCAUCUCCUCCUCCAGACUCUACCAGGCUGACCACCUCGCUGCCAAACUGCAGAGCGCCGAACUGGGCGCCAACUGCCCAGUGCCGGGCGGCAUGGCCAAGCAGAACCCCUUCGUCUACGCCACCACCUUCUGGCCCAAGAACUCGGGAGCCAUCCAGCUCCAGAUGCCGUCGGCGCUCACGCUGCUGCCGCCCUCAUUCACCUCGCUCUGCCUGCCGGCGCAGAACUGGUGCGCCAAGUGCAACGCCUCCUUCAGGAUGACCUCGGACUUGGUUUACCACAUGAGGUCUCACCACAAGAAAGAGUACGCCAUGGAGCCGCUGUGCAAGCGCCGACGCGAGGAGAAGCUCAAGUGUCCCAUCUGCAACGAGUCCUUCAGGGAGCGGCAUCACCUGUCACGUCACAUGACCUCCCAUAACUGACUCAGACUGGAGGUGGGCGGAGCUUACACACAGACUGUUUUUCACUCCUGAUCCCUGUUUCUUCUUCUUCUUCUUCUUCUUCUUCUCCUUCUUCUUCUUGUGUAUGAAAUCACGCUGUGAAAAUGAAUCUAUUUAUGAACGUGUGAACACGGAGGAGAUUUAAAUAUAUGUAAAUGUCUUUUAUAUCAUAUAAAUGACGUGUUCUUCACGAGCUUUUCAAUGUCAACGACAAUAAAAACAUGAAUAAUUAUUAUGAUAAUUAUAUUUCAGAGUGCAUGUAAUAAUAUUGAAAUGAUUUUAAGAUUACAGUGUAAAUAAAUAACUGCUUUAUUUUGUGUCCGUGGGGAAUAUUUCAGAAUAUUUCAGAAUAUUUCAGUGUUUCUUCCCUUAAAAGUCGAUUGACAAUAAAAUGACUUUAUUUUCAGAUGCAGUCGUCAGCCGUGUGUCUCCUGUUCUUAUUUGGACUUCAGUGAAUUAGAUUAUGAUAAAGAAUUCAAUAUAAAACAAGUACAAUUCAUUUUGUUUUUGAAAUAAAACUUUAUUUUGAAAAGUCUGACGAUAGUUUAGCAUAAAUAUGAUCAUCGCUUCAUUUCUUUAUUGUUUGUUAAAUGUUGAACUGUUCUCGUGUGUAAUGAGAAAAUAAGAUUUUUAUAUUUAUAUCACAUUUUAAUCCACUUUCCUGUGUUUUUCAGAAUUAAGAUUUUACUAAUGUGAGAAAGUGACGCUUUAUUCAACCUGAAUUCCAGUUUUUGUGUGAAAUGCAAAAAUGAUGUUGGUAAAAUAAAGAGAAAAUAAAACA